AUGGAGUCCUCUCUGAACGCCGUGGAGCUCCGGGAGCUGCGGGGGGGCCGGGGGGGCCCCUCUCCGCCAGCCGCGCCGGGCCCCGCCGGCCGGGGCUUCGAGAACGCCUCCUACCAGCAGGACGAGGACCAGAGCCCCCCCCCGGAGCACCAGGGGCCGCCGGCUGCAGCCAGCUCCACCAACAGCAAGCAGCGCCAUCAGGAGGUUUCCCCGCAGUCCUACGAUGAGGAGGAAGGGGGCGGAGGAGGAGGCGGCGGGGGGGCGGAGGAGGCUCAGGGCUUCACGGCCUUCAGCCCCGCCGACGACCACUCGGCCGACUACGGCUUCGUGCUGGCGCUGGUGUUCCUGGUGAGCGGGAUCGUGCUGGUGGUCAUCGCCUACACCAUCCCCCGGGAGGCCAAGGUGGACCCGGACUCGGUGUCGGCGCGGCAGAUGGAGAGGCUGGAGAUGUACUACGCGCGGCUGGGCGCCCACCUGGACAAGUGCAUCAUCGCGGGGCUGGGCCUGCUGACCCUGGGCGGGAUGUUCCUCUCCGUGCUGCUCAUGGUGUCCAUCUGCCGGGGCGAGAUGUACCGCCGCCGCCGGGCCGCCUUCGUCCGGCCCAAGAGGACUUACGGCUCCAUCCACCUGAGGAUGAAGGAGCUGGCCGCCGGGGGGGACGGCGGGACGGACGGCGGGGGGGACGGAGGCGAGGAGCUUCUGGUGGAGCGGGCGGACAGGCAGCCCGGGUCCAGCCGGGACCCCAGAUGUGAACCGGGACCGAGCAGGCCCCCCCCCACCGCCACCAACUCAGCCGCCACACGCGGAGUCUGA